AUGGCUCACGAAGCCAGUCGCCAACACAAUGUCAGAACCAAGCUAAACUACUACCGAGACCCUGGAGAUGGAUCUCCGCCGGUUCCUGUUCUUGUUGGGGGAAACAAGGUUACCAAUGAAAGGCCCACCGUACCUUUCGAGGUGCAGGUUACUGACGUUUCUGGCAACGAGUAUCGUUACAGCCUCAAUAGCCAUGGGUUUCAGUAUCUCAAGCACGAGAGCCAGGAAAAAGUCUUUACAGAUGUGGCGGCACUGAAAGGUGCAUACUACGCCGAGAUGGAACAGCUCUACAAAGACGUCACUGGGGCCACCCGCGUCCACAUUUUUGGGCACCAAGUACGCCGUGGCCCGUCCAAUUGGCACUCUCUCGGUGAAGGCAACGCCGCAAAGAAAGGGCCUCUGCAUCGCGUCCACGUUGACCAGUCCACGGACGGCGCAGAGCUGGUCCUUCGCAAACACAUGCCCGCUGCCGAGGCCGACGAGCUGUUGCGGCGCCGCUAUCAAAUCGUCAACGUGUGGAGGCCCAUCAGGACGGUGUUCAAGGACCCGCUGGCUGUGGCGGAAGCGCACUCGGUGGCUGAUGAGGACCUCGUUGCGGCGCAGGUGCUGUACCAGGACGGAUCGCGAAACGAGACGUGGGCCGUGCUGCCGUCAGCGAGGCACCAGUGGUACUUCAAGCACGGAAUGACGCCGGACGACGUGCUGCUGAUCAAGUGUUUCGAUUCGAAUUUUGAGGAUGGGUUGGCUAGGAGGGUGCCACAUUGUGCAUUCGAGGAUCCGGGAGAGUUGGAAAGGGAGGACCGACAGAGUAUCGAGGUGAGAGCGCUGUUGUUUUACUGAGGGCCGAGCCAUGAUUCGUAGUCCCAGACGCGUCGCGCCGACACCUCGAAGGAACACAGAGAAACAGUAAGGGACAACACUUCGGUCAGGUGCAUCAGGUCCAGCAUGUGCCAAGGGACAUCGAUCUUGCAAGCCGUCUCCGAGAUUGUCGCUUCUGACAACUGAGGGGCAUCGUGCUCAGCAGGCAGACAUCAUGCUCAGCAGGCAGACUUCAUGCUCAGUAGGCAGACUUCAUGCUCAGCACGCAGACAUCAUGAACC